CUCCGUGUUGUGACGGAUCACGUGACUCGCUGUGAAGUUUGCAGCGAUGGAGAUAAGCUUCGCCGGACGCCGGGCUCUGGUGACGGGAGCUGGGAAGGGGAUCGGCCGGGACACGGUGACCGCACUGAGAGCAGCCGGAGCCCAGGUGAUCGCACUGAGCCGGAGCCCCGAGGACCUGGAGAGCCUGAGCCGGGAGUGCCCCGGUGUGGAGACCAUCUGUGUGGAUCUGGCAGACUGGUCGGCCACGGAGGCUGCGCUCAGCUCAGUAGGACCCGUGGACCUGUUAGUGAAUAAUGCGGGUGUUGCCAAGUUACAGCCGUUCCUGGAGGUCACAGAGGAAGUGUUCGACCAGAGCUUUGCCGUGAAUGUAAAAUCUGCUUUGCUUGUCUCACAGAUCGUUGCCCGCCAGAUGAUUGCACGUGAGGUACCUGGUGCCAUUGUUAAUGUUUCAAGUCAAGCUUCUCAGCGUGCACUGCAAGACCAUUCUGUAUACUGUGCCACCAAAGGAGCCUUAGACACGCUGACCAAGGUGAUGGCGCUGGAACUGGGCCCUAAUAAGAUCCGUGUUAAUGCAGUGAACCCCACCGUGGUAAUGACUAAUAUGGGACGCAUUGGGUGGAGCGAUCCGGAGAAGGCUGGGCGUAUGUUGAACCGCAUUCCGCUGGGGCGCUUUGCUGAGGUCGAGGAUGUGGUUAACAGUAUUCUCUUCCUGCUCAGCGAUAAGAGCGCCAUGAUAACCGGCUCGUGUCUGCCGGUGGAUGGUGGCUUCCUUGCCUGCUGAUCUAUGGGAAUCCAGUUUCUCCACGUAGCUCUCAAUCUUGCUGCAUCAUCUCACAAUCAGCAAAUAACUUUGUGCAGUAUUUUAUAUAAUUGAGAAAAUAAUUGUCUACUUUCCUAUAUGCAAAGAUACUGUGCGUGUAUAAAAAUAGAGUAUGAUUCUUAGAAUGUAUAAUCGUUUCACUAAUUCUAUUUUUACAAAGAAAUAUCACUAAAACGGAUCUGUU